AUGGGAACAAUUGCAAUUUUGUCCAGUAUGGUGAUGUUGUCAUCCGCACAAGAUAGUGGGGAUGGGUUUGUUUUCAAAUGUAAAACCCCCGGCCAAGUCGCUUUAACUUUUGACGACGGACCAUCAGCCGCAAACACACCAAAAUUAUUAAAAACAUUAGAUACCAAAAAUAUUAAAGCCACAUUCUUUGUUUUAACUGUUAAUAUCAAUGAGGGUAAUAAUAAAAAUAUAUUGAAACAAACCUUUGAAAAAGGUCAUCAAAUCGCAUUACAUUCUUCAACUCAUGCUGAUAUGAAUAAAUUGUCACCAGCUAAAGUAAAAGAAGAAUAUGUCAAAAAUUUGGAGGCUGUCAAAGCUACUAUUGGCAAAACUCCAAAUUACGCUAGACCUCCAUUUGGUAAUUGUAACGCUGCUUGUGCCAAAGUAAUGAAAGAAUUAGGUUUAACUGUAACUCAAUGGAGUGCUGAUUCUCAGGAUUGGCAAUACGCCCAAGCAAAAGAAAAGCAAUCUUUAACAGUCAAAAAUCUAAUGGACGUAAUAGGAAAAGGGAAUCCAAAAGUAGACUCAUUCAUCACUUUACAACACGAUAUUCAACCAUUUUCUGUUGAUUUCACACCAGAAAUUAUCGACAAAAUUACAAGCUUUGGUUAUAAAUUUGUCACAGUAUCUGAUUGUUUAAGCAACAAUCCCACUGCUUAUAAAGAAGGUGACAAUAUCAAGACAGCUCCCGCAACUCCCGCUGUUGCCCCCGCUCCCCCCGCUCCUCCUGUUUCUCCUGCUGCCACAACUCCCGCUGCUUCUCCCGCUGCCACAACUCCCGCUGUUUACCCUGCUGCCACAACUCCCGCUGUUGCCCCUGCUGUCACAACUUCCAAAUGA